AUGAAUAGAAAAACAAAAUUAGAAGAUUUAUCAAAUGAAAUAUUUUAUGAAGUAUUUGAUUAUUUACAUAUGUUGGAUAUAUUUAUUGGUUUCAGUUCAUUAAAUCAACGAAUAUGGCAUAUGUUAAAAUCGAUUCCACUUCAUAUUAAUAUUUCAUUGGCAAAUUCUCGUAAACAAAUUGAUUUUCUUUUGUCGCAUUUAACUUUCCAUGAAGAUCAAGUUAUUUCAAUAAAUACUUCAGAUCGAAUUCGUGAUCAUUCAUCUGUAAUUCAUUUAUUAUUUAAUCGACAUUAUUUUAUUAAUUUAAAAUCAUGUAAAUUAUUAUUAAUUUAUUCAAUGACUAAACUUAAUAAUAUUAUUAAACAAAUUGGAAAUCUUAAUAAACUUGUUAUACUUCAAAUAUAUCAACCAGAUCGUUCAGAUUUAAAUGAAAAUAAUAAUGAUGAAUUAACUCGAAUAUUAUUAACAAAUAAAUCAUUAUCUCUUCGUGUACUUAAAC